AUGGCAGCCGACGCUUACUCGCACGUCCUCUUCCGCUUCAACGAGAUGAACCCGCCCUCGGCUCCGAUCCAGACUCAACAUGAGCCGAUCCCACCGGCCCCACAGAUCCUCCCUCUCUGCCCAAGCACGGGUGGGGGUUCGUACUGCCUCCCCACGAUGUUUAAUGGGAUCGUGUGGUGUAUGCGGUGCCGGGGCCAUGUGCGGGAUCCUGUUUCGUAA